UUAAUAGAUGUUAUAUUUUGUAGAAAGUAAUGUAGCUGAAAAACACGUCCUUCAAAGAUCAAAAACCAAAGAACAGGAAAGAUCGCAGAAAAAGAAUAGUCCAAGCAACGAAGGUAGCUCGUACACUACUGUUGAAAAAGCUUUCCAGUCAUUACAGAUCAGUAUAAACACUAUGACAGCUGAUUUGGAAUUCAUAAAAAGUGAACUCAAAGAUAUUAAAACAUUAAUAAACGCCGCACCUCGACAAACGGAAGGGAGAGCACAAGUGGCCAAUAUGUAUAUGUUAAAAACAAAAUAUGAACUUAAAUUUCCUAUGACAGAAAUGGAGGAAAUUAAAACAUUUGAUAAAAAAAUAAAAGAGGACGCUGAGUUUGCCGCAGAUUUCGUAAGUUUUUAAUAUUAAAAUUUAAGUAAUGUAUAGAAUGGUGGGAAAUAAAAAUUCG